CGAGUGAAUACUGCGCUAAAAAUGUUGUUGCUGGAAAAGAAACUGAGUUUGACACCGAAAAAACCGAUCGAAUGAUUGUCCUCUGUUCUUGAGAGUAAUGGGCAAGUCAGUUGGGUGACUUUUUCCGUUUUCUGUCCGCUCUGGUCUAAGAAAAGACUGUUGAGGAUAAGUUAUGUUCGCUCUACAAAAAGUGUUCGGGAUUCAACAUUUGCUUCGAUUCUGUCCCACGACGUUGCUUCAUUCGUGUGGAGUCUUGUUGAGAGACGAGGCCUGUCUGACUAUAAAUUGUUGAAAUCUAUAGUUCUUUCGGAGUCUGCUUUAUUUGGUGCAAUAAUCAAAGCAAAAUUCCUUUCAAAUCAAAAAUUCUAUUGUGUUUCUCACGCAGCUUCGGACGGAUGCAAGACCGACGUUUUCGUCCCCAAAACAAAAGAGUCCCCACUCUUUCUGAGGUGUAACUUUUUACGUAGCCAAGUAAGUAUACUCGAUAUUUGCCUUCUGUUUCCAGUGAGGACUUGAGCGACGAGAAGCAAAACGAAAAAGUAGAAGUCCGAUAAUAAGAGCAAAAAACUAGAACCAGACUGCGGCGCAACUCUGUCUAAGAUUCUGACUUCUGUUUUGUGGUCUCUCGAAUGAUGCGCUGAUACUACCGUCUGAAAAUCAUGCUAAUACUUUAAAGAAUUUGAUCGAGAAUUACUGCUACAAAAAUAAUUUUUCGUCAGCACAAUUGCAGCUUGUUGGUGGCUCUCUCUUUUGCAGUCAGGAUUCUGUAGUCGUUUGUAUUCAUUCAUGCUUGUCGGAGCUCAGCAUGUAAUUCUGGAUAAUUAAACGUUCUUCAUCAAUUUAGUUCGACGAAAUUCAUAGUCGACGAUCUUUAUAUCUUUAACCAUGAGCAUUAGCAGUUGUAUAAAAAUUCAAGCAAGAUCAAUCACUCAAAGAAAGGCACGACGAUGAAGCGUUGGUCAAUAGGUACUCUGGAUUUCCAAAUUAUCAUACAGACACAGUUACUGAGUCAGAUGAGUGAACUUUUUUUCCGUAAUUGUUUCGAUUUGAAAUAAUUGUGAGGUAAAGUAACGUAUUCGUAGCGUAUGAUGGUCUGACUUUGUUGUAAUGUAUGUCGUCGCCUAUUGAUGAUGAUACCUAAUGGUAAUGAAUUACUUCUUUGGGACCCGACCUUUAAAAUAUAAAGAUGGAGGCAAUGAAAAUGUAGCAUCGAACAUCGCUGAACAUUCUGGUCGUGAAGCCUCAUGGAGAGAGAAAAGCGCUUCCCGUCAUGGCAGACUUAGAUGGAGUGUGGACACGAACAGGAUACUUCCAGGAUCAAGGAGUUGCUUCUACGCAAUUCAAUGUAAGAAUGAGAACCGGUGGCCCAACGAUCAUCGUGGCGCCUGCCACGGCGCACACAUACGAGCUUUUCGGUGGGUUGCUUCGAGCGACGAUAGGGCGGGACAUGUUAAAUACUGCGAAGGGUGUUGACGUGAGCCACUCUAGUGCCGUUUCGCCAGUAUUAAGGAAGAUACCUGGCCAGCACUGUUUGUGUUGCUUUGCCGAUCGUAGCAUUAGCGCCCCACUUUUGUCGGAGUUGGAGGCUUGCGGUCCAGUCGUGUCGGUGAAGGCGCAAGACACAAAGACCCACCAGCUUGGUUUUUCUACGGACGAUGGAAAGCAACCCCCGUCACCAUCCUCAGGCCCUUUUCUGUACCACAUCAAGUCCACACUCAUUUCCUCGACACCCUUAAAGAAGAUGCAACAGUUGAUGCAUCUCAUCUUCGAGGCAAAUCGCUCGGUGUACGAUGUCGUCGUAAGAAUGCCCGCGAGCUGCGCAGGCGUGGCUUUCUACAGUUGUUUGGUUUUGUUACCAGGUGGCCUUGGUAAGUGGUUAGCACAUCGCUUUGCUGCCUACUUUAUGCCUCGGCUGAUGCAGCGGACGGACAAGUUGUGCCGGAGAAUUCGAGCCGAGUUGCUAGGGAAGAAUGUCUCGGCGGUGGUGCUCGAUUUUGGUGCUGGCAGCGGGGCCUACCUGAAGUAUUGCUAUGGCCGAAAGGUGUCACGGUACAUUGCCUUGGAACCUGACACGCUGAUGCAUGAGAACAUCCGUGAGCAGGAGCGACGCCUGCGCACCAAGCUGGAGGAGUUGUCCUCCACCGGCAUACUAGAACAAGGGAGUCAAAGGAGAUCUGUGCAAGAGAAACUCGAUUCUUCGACUGAAAGCGGAUCGAUUUCAGCGCUCGAAGAUGUCACGACAUCUUCUGAAGACACCUCGAGCACCUUCCUAGAAGCAGGAGCUCUUACAACACCGGCAAAUAUACCAAUCCCUCCUACAACUACAGAAGUAGACGAUAUGCAGAACUGCAAUGAGGAGUGGCCGGUAGUAGCGACGGAUGGGCGGCCAGAAUUACGAAAAACAAGGAGUGCCGGAAGCGCUGGUGGUGACGGUGUAGCACAAGGCGGAAACGUUUUCGUAAGUUCAUCUGAUUCUUCAGGUGGUGGCAGAGUGCGGAGCCGGGAGGACGAUGAGAACAGUGCUGCAUCUGUGGAGAUGCGAACACAAAAAAUUCGUAAAGAAAGCGAGGUAGCUUCGAAGGUGGUUUUACCAACGGAUGUUGCGACUGGCGGUGAUGGAGUAAUGCUACUUCUAAAAGAUGAUACACUUCCAGGUCCGAAGAAAAUGAUGGCUUCCGGUGCUACAAGUGAUGCCACAACUACAGCAACUGCACCGGUGGUCGAGAUUGUUGGGGAAUUUCUAUCAGAGUUUCGCCGACAGAAGGGCGAGGAUUUUUCUGUCGACUGGAUUAUUCUUGGAAACGUGCUCUGCGAAGUGCCAGAUCCACAGGAGAUCGUUCGCGAUUUGGAUGCUUUGUUGCGACCAGGCGGGUUCGUGUAUUUCUCCGAACACGUAGGGUACCUCCCGAAAAACAGCUGGCACCGGUGGCGCCAGGACAUCAUUGCGCCGUGGUGGCAGCGCGUGAGUGACGGGUGCAACUGCAACCGCGACACACUAGAAAUCAUGAACAGCGCUGCGCCGUCCUGGGAUAUACAGAGUUUCGAAUUCGAUGACUGCGGAGCCAUGCCAUGGACCUCACUUUUCCAAAUCGGUCUGGCGCGGAAAAGGCCGGAGUUGAAUGUGUAAGUCUUCGUUUGUCGUGAAAGAGAAGGGAUGGCCGUCUGAAAAUUCGUUCAAUUCAUUACGUAGUACUAGAGUAGAUACUUGUGCUGCGUAUAUUAUCAUCAUCAUUUAAGGUUUUUAGUCAUGAUCUACUAGUUAUUGAGUUUGUUGGUUUAGUCGUUCUAAGAGAGAAGUUCAUCACUAUGAUGUCAAAACAUGGUAAACUUUGGAGCUCGUGAGGAUCAUGUCCUAGAUCGUAACUCAAAUAGGAGAUGACCGUCACAAGUCUGUUUGAUAGAGUGUCUCGUCGUGUACUACUUAGAUAUAUAGACCUACUUUGGAGAAACCACUCAAUGUUUGAUUCGACUUGAAAAAGAACUCUACCAUUCUUGGCUGCUAGUCAAAGCGCGCGAGCAUUACGCGCAUAAAGCAUUUGAUAUUGAAUUGAGGGGGACACGGAGUUUGUGAUAAUUUCAUUUGGGAUAGGUUUAUCGAUCUUAAUUUUCCAUCGUUGGACUGAAGUUCAUGAUCAUAGUUGCACUCUAACGAUAGUCGACUUAUCGUUAACGAAAACGAACAGUAGUGACAUCAGAGUUUUAAGUAAUCUCUUUCCCGGCAACCCUGCAUGACUCUAUGGAGAAGGAGGAAAUCGUUGGCCUACCUCAACGUCUUCCUCUAUGGAGAAGGACCAUGCUUGAUUUCCCGCGGAAACAUCUACGCAGACGACGCCAUUGCAAAUUGUCAUGCUAUUUAAUGGUAUCAGGAGCACUGAGUUGAAAAAGUUGCACCUCUAUCAUGAUCAGAAUUUUUAGUUGGAAAAAGUAAGAAGGAGAAGCGUUAAACCGGAAAUAGAGCAAAGUUUUUGAAGAUCUCUGUGUUUCUUUAGUUAGCUAAUCGUUUUUUGUUGUUGUUGUAGAGGUAGAAUCAGUCUCUCUGGGGUAAAUCCGAGAGGCAUUAACAUCUUUCCUAUUUUUGGCCAACUGCAUCCGUCGCGCUCCGCUGUUCACACAGGUUAACGGCAUGCGUUAGCGGAAGUAGGUCACCGGCAUCACGCGAGACGUUGUGCGGAGGUCAGACACGAUGAGGAUCAUGGCGUGUUGUGCUCGAUAUGCCGUUUCGCUGCAGCUCUGCCGAGUAUGUCAGAUGGAAAGGCUGCAGCUUUGGGCAUCGAUAUGAACUUUUUUUUUCACAUAAUUACCAUAUAAUGUAAUGAAUGUAUUGGUUUGGACGGAGGCAGAGUAUUGUUCAUUGAAGGAAGAUGCUAAAUCAUGAAUCAUCCUUGCCUGUUCAUUCUAUGUUCGACUAGUACAUUAAUAUUCAUCCUAGUUCUUAUUUUUCGAAGGCUUCCACCUCCCGAUAUAACGCGCUGCUGUGUGCUACAAUGUUUUACGCGUGUGUGAGAAGAACACUCGUCCUGUGACGAUUAGGUAUCCGUAGUUCUGCAUACGAUAGCUGAGGAACAAACGUGUUGGGGGCUAACUCUUUUUACUGUAGUUUUUUUUGAUUCAAG